CAGGAUAUUCAGACUACUAUUUGUAGAGUGGUUGUUACCAAACCGCAGUGCCAUGUUAAAGGGCUUCUACAGUGGCUCAGAUGACGUGUGUUGUGAUUUUUAGAGAUGCGCCAAAAUUAGUGCGGCUAGCGGAAGGAGUAUAACACAACUCUUCUUUUCUACCCGGUAAAAGAAACUUGAAUCAUGGCUCUGAAGCGCAUUCAAAAGGAAUUAGCAGAACUUAACAAGAAUCCACAACCUGGGAUCAGCGCAGGCCCAAUCGAUGAAGACAUGUUCCAUUGGCAAGGAUCUAUUGCUGGACCGGCUAACAGUGCAUACAAAGGUGGUGUGUUCAAAUUGGAUAUCGUUUUUUCAGCCGACUAUCCUUUCAAGCCACCCGUUGUCAAGUUCAUCACCAAAGUAUAUCACCCCAAUAUUGACGAUGACGGUUCAAUAUGCGUAUCUCUUCUAAAGAACGAUGUCUGGAAACCAGCCACUAAAUUGCAUCAAGUUCUUGGUUCAAUUUCGGAUCUCUUGGAGAACCCAAAUCCUGAGGAUGCCUUGGUGGCAUCCAUUGGAGAGGUCUAUACCACCAACAGAACAAAGUUCAAUAAGACUGCCAAAGAUUAUGUUAAGAAGUAUGCCACGCCCUAAGCAAGACUCCUUCUUUUAUCCUUUGAGAGUCUCAGUGCUAUGGCAUGAACAUUACAUUUGUCAUGCCUACAGCAAACUGUACAUAAACAAAUGCGUAACUGUAUAGAAAUAAAUCUCAGGUUUAUUCUGAA